AUGAAACCGAGAAUACUUUUCCACUGUGCCUAUUUAUCGUUACUCUGGCUGUUUUACUGCAAAGCUGAGCCGAGUGUUUACGGGAUCCUUCCGCAUGAAUACUCAUCAGUUACAGACAAUGUGUUCACUGUGCAAGCCCAUCGACCGAUCAUUGUCACCUUGUUCGGGACCGGUAUGCGCGAAAUCACACACAUAGGCUUUGCUGCUCAAAACAAGACUGCUCAUAGCAAUUGUGAACACGAUCGUGUAACGUCUUCAUUCAAAGUCGCCGCUGAAAACGAUUUUGUUGCCAAUAGUGUCAUUACUCUGAGGGAACUUGGAAAAAAUGAACCCGCCUUUUAUCUGUGCAUACGAACUAUUCCGUCGAUAUCGGCUUCUACUGCAUCGGAGGAAACUCCACAAAAUGAAACGGUACCGGUCGAACUUUGGUUUUAUGCCGGUAAUGGUGGUUCCGAAAGACGCCUUGCAUUCCACACCACAGGGACCUUGAUGCCCAUGUGGGUUCAGAUUAUUCUAAUUAUUGUGCUGUUUUUCCUGUCCGGAUUGUUCAGUGGCCUUAAUUUAGGUCUCAUGUCUUUGGAUAAAACAGAGCUAAAAAUCAUCGAAAGUGCCGGGGCUCCUAACGAGAAGAAUUACGCAAAAGCCAUACGACCUGUUCGGGAAAAAGGAAAUUUGUUGCUGUGUACACUUCUGCUUGGCAAUGUUUUGGUGAACACCUCUCUGACCAUUCUGAUGGAUGAUCUUACGGGUAGCGGUUUAUUUGCCGUGAUAGGAUCAACCAUUGGUAUCACAGUUUUUGGAGAGAUUAUGCCCCAGGCGGUUUGUUCACGUCACGGAUUGGCAAUCGGAGCCAAGACUCUGUGGCUAACUAAGCUGUUCAUGCUCAUUACAUUCCCGGUGGCAUUCCCUGUCAGUUUUCUUUUGGACAAAAUUUUGGGUGAAGAAAUGGGUCAAGUUUAUAGUCGAGAAAAGCUUGGAGUACUUAUACGCGAACAGGCAGUUGCUGGUACGGUUGCCACGGAUGAGAUGAAUAUCAUUACCGGAGCUCUGGCUUUGACCACUAAGACUGUGGCCGAUGUGAUGACUCCGCUUUCCGACGCAUUCAUGCUGUCCUAUUCCGAUGUGCUCGACUUUAACACCAUGAAUGAUAUUUAUUCCCACGGAUACACACGGAUUCCGGUGUUUGAAAAUGAUCGUCGUAAUAUCCGGGCUGUGCUGAAUGUGAAAGAUUUGGCGUUCAUCAACACAGAGGACAAUGUGCCGGUCUCGACCGUGUGCGAUUUUUACAACCGUUCUAUCAUCAUUGUGCUGGAUGCCACAAAUUUGGAAGCCAUGCUCAAGGAGUUUCGUCAAGGUGAGUUCAUUCUGUUGCACGAUGUAGUUGAUAUAGGCGUUGACUGUGUUUUAUUACGUGUUUUGUGCCCUGUGCCCAGUUGGCUCACAUUUGGUAAAGUAACCGUAACCGGCGAUAUUUGUUACAUGCAGAAAGCCGUUAACCUGAAAGACGAAGGCUACAGUCAAUCAAAGGCUGCCAGGGGAAUAAAAAAUGGGGAAAAUGAACGGCAGUGA